AUGGCACCUUCCCCGGUCGCGAAGCUGGUCUACGGCCUCUCUGUGCUUGGAGCUCUGUCUCAAGGAAUCCUUGCAACACCUUUGACCUCCUUCAAUAUUGAAGUGUCCGGUCAAGCCGUGAUGGCGGAAUCCCAGGACUCGUCGCCAUACGUUCCGACCGAAGAGGGCGAUUUUAUCUCCGUGGACCCCGGCUCUGCGGAGGAGAUGGAGGAGUCGUCCAUCCUACCACCUUCAUGGUGGACCUCUACUUUAAUGGCCCGGCGACUCCUUGCUCUCUCUAAGUCUGGCGUCAUCUCAACCAUUUUCCCGGACCCUUUGCCGCCCCGAAGCCACGCCCCAGAAAGCGUUGCUGGCCAGUCCAUCAGUCUGAAAGAAUACUUUGCCGACUGCGACGAAGCGCUGCCCUCCGACACUGGCAAUGGAGGAGAUGGAAACCCGACCUUUCUCGCCCUCCGCGUUGCAACCACCUUCCGUAACACUGCUGCUGGAUCAAAUGUCAGUCUUUCUAUCGACUGGUGGGAUCACCUGAACAACACUAAGCCUGUGUUCCCGGGUUUCCCGCUCAGCGAGGCCGGUCUCCCUCGCGUCACGCUGUUUGGGUACAUCGAGUCGUUUGAGACGCCUGUGCCGUCGGACACGGAGGCGGCGCUGCGGGCUUGCUAUGUGGCUGCCCACCCCGACUCGAAGGUCUGGCUCCCCGGACGGAUUGGGUCGCCGCACUCGAGCUACUGGGCCAAGAUGGUGGUCACGCAUGUGUACUGGAUUGGAGGCUUUGGUGGAUUCCAGCAGAUUGGAUGGAUGAAUGUGACGGAGUGGAACGGGAUUCGGCGCAAGGGGAGCCUGCCGGGGGUUGGCGAUGGGAGGGGAUGGGAGGAUGUUCGGCUUCCGGGGGAAAUUUAA